GGAGUAGAUCAUUAUCCUCCGCUCAAUAAUCGCUGUCAUUCUACCGUCAUUCAGCACACACCAUGGCCUGUUGUUGACCUAAUUAAGAAAUCGACAUUGACAAUGCUUCAAAUUAAACUUCAGCGCAAAAUUUAGAACGAAGCUGGAAUGCUACAGAGCCAGGGGCAGGGCAGUCAACAUGGAAGGAUGAACCCACGGACGAAGUCGGAAGGCUACGGUGACAAAGUGAUUCAACAACUGAACAACCUCAGAGCAAGAAAUGAACUCUGUGACUUCAAAGUCUCCGCAGGAGAAAAGUCAUUUCAGGUACACAAAGCUGUGUUAGCCGCUACGAGUGAUUACUUCCGGGUCAUGUUCGGAGGUGCAAUGGCGGAGAGUAAGCAGGACUCGGUGGAUCUAAAAGGUGUGACCGCUGACGGAUUACAGAUGAUCAUCGAUUUCAUUUAUAGCGGGGAGCUACCCUUACAAUAUGACAAUCUGACGGAAGCCAUCAAUACAGCCAGUCACCUGCAGGUGUCCGCUGCCCUCGACAUGUGCUGUGAAUACAUCAUCUCGCUUAUGACGUUCGAGAAUGCGCAGGAUUUUCUGACAAUCGCCAACACUUACUCGCUAGAUAGAGUUCUAGAGCAUUGGGAUAGCAUGAUUCUCGCUAAUUUCUGUGAAUUCUCAGAAACCCAGUGUUUUCUGAAGCUGGAUGCCACUAGCCUAGUAAAGUAUCUCUCCUCUAACGCGCUGCGGGCAAGCUCAGAGUACAAAAUUUUUCAGUGUUUAGACAAAUGGUUUAAGUACAAUCCAGCGCGGAUUUCUAAUGACUGUAUAACCGUACUCACACACGUUCGUUUUCCUCUUAUGUCGGAACGCGAACUUGGGUUAGUGCAAGAAAGCGACUUAAUGAAACGUUGUCUGGGUGCUUUACACUUAGUGACCAAGGGGUUUAAAUACCACCUGGACUGUAGGGAGGGGCACCCGGUGAUAGAGGAGCGGUCUAGUGUCCGAAGUGCUGUCCCGACAUUGGUCUUAGUGCAACCUCACAACAGUACAUCCUACGUUCCAUUUCAAAUCACUUCACACGAUCACGUGACCGGAAUAUUCUACCGACUGUUUUCUGACCUGAACGGCAGUCGGGAUUGCCGACUGACGGUUAUAGACAAUUUUAUUUAUAUUUGUAGAGUUGUAGAUUUUGGGGGCGGUUCGCUUUUGAGUUCGUUGUUCCGGUUCGACCCCCGACAUUUAUCUGGACAGGAGUUACGCCCCAUGCGUAGGCUCCGAAUGGACUUUUCCUUAGUGGCCCAUGGUAAUUGUCUUUACGUCUUUGGGGGAUCUACCGAGCAGUUCACCAUAAUGGACUCUGUUGAAUGUUAUAAUGUCGAGACUAAUUCGUGGGUAGAACUUCCGUCCCUACCGGUCGCUCUACACUCCCUCGGGGCUCUGACCGUGGAAAAUAAAAUCUACCUCUCGGGCGGCGUGUCCGGCCAGGAUCGCCAACCCACAAAUUCCUUUACCCUCUUUCAUCCUCACUACCGAACAUAUGAGUCCCUUCCGGGAAUGUUUUACGCCAGAAGACUGCACGAGAUGGUGUUUUUUCAGAAGAAAGUGUUCGUCUUAGGCGGGAUUCCUCGUCAAGGUGUGCCUCUCCAUGGGCAAAUCCCGAUCGAGUGUUAUGACGUCAGUACGACCCAGUGGACUAUGCUUUCCUCGACCCUGAGUGGUCGAUCCGUUGGUCACUACCUCAGCUUUCGCGGGCAGAUUCUCUCUCUUGGACAUGAACAUCAUAACGCUAAGGAAGACGAAAUCUGGACAUAUGACCCGGCACUCGAUGACUGGACGAAAUACGCCAAAACUCCACAGCGAAUGAGUCUUAUGUCGGCCAUUUGUUCUGCCAUCUUUGUUAACUAUUACGACGAAAAAGUGGCGAAAACAUUUCUGAGAGACAAAUAAAAUUAAAACAAAUUGUUGUUAAAAUUAAAAACGUUAAAAUUC